AUGUCUGAAGCUUGCUGUACCUGCGCUACAUUGCUGUCAUCUAUUCCUCCGACCUACGAUGAGAAGACCGAAAAGCCAACACAGUUCGAGCGCCGGCUUGACUGUUGCGGUCGCGCCAUAUGCGCGCGCUGCUUGACUGACAACCCUCGAUUCGCAAACUAUUGCCCCUUCUGCCAGAUAUCGACCGGUCCCUCCCCAUUGCCAGCGCAAGGUCUACGCGAUCCUCCUACGUAUUCGCCACACGUCGACGAGAAAGUGGACGACGAUCUACCGCCUUACACAGCACACAAUGCUCCACAGCUACCGCUAGAGAAAGCCGCAAGCACAGAGAAUUCACUCGAUGUCCUACACUUCGUCGACCAGAACCACGACUCGAUAGCAUCGUUAUCCCUCGCCUAUGGUGUACCUCCAGAUGUCUUGCGCCGGACGAACAAGAUGUUUGCAGACCAUUUGUUAGCGGCGCGCAGGACAGUACUGAUACCAGGAGAGUACUACAAGGGUGGAGUCAGUCUCAGCCCUCGGCCGCUGGAAGGUGAAGAGGAGGAGAUCAAGAAGAUCAAGCUAAGGAAGUUCAUGGUAGGAUGCAAGGUUGCCGAAUAUGACGUCGCCGUUCUAUACCUCGAGCAAGCGGGCUUCAACCUCGAGAAUGCCAUGACCGCGUUCAGAGCCGACGAGAAGUGGGAGAAGGAUCACCCUCUACAAGCUGCGAAGAAGGGCAAGGCACCUGCUCUGCAGAGCUCUGGGAAGCAAAGAUGGUUCGGCGGGAGUGGCGGCGGCAUCACUGGUCAACUCUAG